GCUUGUAUGAUUACGGUACGUGCUAUGCUUACGGCCAUAUUAAUAAGAAGAGGCUUACUAACUGAUAUAUUCUUUUUCCUUUCCUUAUUACCUUCUUCGUACUGCAUUCAACUCGGAUGUGGUUUGAAGAAGGCUACUAGAAACUUAAGGAAUUUAUUCCUUUCCCAGGGUUAUCAUUCCAGUCAGUUCCAGCCCAUGUGGAUGGUGUUCCUGCAGAAGCCCUACCCCAGAGCAAUGUUGUUCCCCCGAUCCCCGCCACCGAAAGCUCAACCGGAGUUAUCCUCGCCCUUUCCAUAUCCUGGAUCCCCCACCGGUUGUAGUCAGUGUCACAGCCAUGUAAGUCCAGCCUCA